CCGCGUUCGUCCGCCCCCCCCCCCCCAAGUCUUCCGCUAUUACACAGCGGUCGUGGCAAAACAGCCGAGAGGCGGCGUGGGGUGGGGAUCCCUCGACAAGGACGACUCCCGCGGUGGCUGUCGACUCGCCACGAGGGAGGACGAGCAUCUUCUUCUAAGUUCGAGUCACCCACCCACGGAGGGGCAUGGCAGCUCGCGGCGCGCCGAUGGCGCUGCUCGCUCUGCUGCUGCUGCUGGUGGCCCGCGGGCUCCGGGCAGAGCCCCCCCCUCCACCGCCACAUCAGCCGCAGGAGCAGCAACCGGGGGGGGGCUCCUCCACCCCCGUGCAUAGCGGACCCUCCCUGGCGCAAGGUGGAUGUAACGUGAAUGGGAAGAUGUACUCUGUGGCCGAGCGUUGGGAGCGGGUCUACCUGGGCCGCAUGCUCACCUGUACCUGCUUUGGCGGUGAUCGUGGAUGGACCUGUGAAGGCAAACCUGAACCCGAAUCGUGCUUCGACCAGUACACGGGGGGACGCUACCGUGCCGGCGAGACGUGGGAGCGCCCCAAGGGGGGCCUCGUGUGGGACUGCACCUGCCUGGGCGCCAGCGUCAGCCGCAUCAGCUGCACCACUGCCAGUCGCUGCCACGAAGGCGGCAGCUCGUACAAGAUCGGAGACAAGUGGCGGCGGGUGCACGAGUCGGGCGGCUACAUGAUGGAUUGUGUGUGUCUGGGGAACGGCAAGGGGGAGUGGAUUUGCAACCCAGUGUCCGGCUCUCAGGAGCGCUGCUACGACAACACGCUGGGCUCGGCGCACUUGGUGGGUGAUACCUGGGAGCGGCCGUACCAGGGCUGGAUGGUGGUGGACUGCACCUGCCUGGGAGAGGGCCAGGGUCGCAUCGCCUGCACGUCCCGCAACCGCUGCAACGACCAGGAGACGCGACGCUCGUACAAGGUUGGCGAGACGUGGUCCCGAACGGAUGCGCGAGGGCAGCCCCUGCGGUGCGUCUGCAUUGGCAACGGCAACGGGGAGUGGAAGUGCGACCGCCAGACCUCCAGCGUCACUGCCACGGGCACAGGACAGCUGCACCAGGCAGGUGUGCAGGACUCGGCCACACACCAGAGCAGUGUGCAGCAAACGAGCGUGCACACGAGCGUGCACUCGUCGAUGUACCGGCCCACGGUGCAGUGCGAGUCGGACGGGGGCGUGCUGUUCAGCACCGGCGAGCGCUGGGUCAAGUCGCAGGAAGGGGGACAGCUGCUGUGCACUUGUCAGCCCAGUGGAGUGAACUGCCAGACCAUCACCAUAAAAACACACGGCGGCAACUCGGAUGGGGCUCCGUGCGUGUUCCCCUUCACGCACGAGGGGCGCGUGCACAGCACGUGCACGGCGGAGGGGCGCGACGACGGCAAGCUGUGGUGCAGCACGACCGCCGACUACGCCCACGACAAGAAGUUCUCGCUGUGCAGCCAGGAAGAAGGAACAACGGUGACGCUGGUGACCACGAGGGGUGGGAACUCCAAUGGAGCGCUGUGCCACUUCCCGUUCGUGUUCGGUGGCCGAGAGCACGUCGCCUGCACUUCGGAGGGUCGCGCCGACGGCAUGAAGUGGUGCAGUACCACGGCCAACUUUGACACCGACCAACGCUACGGCUUCUGCCCCAUGGCAGCUCACGAGGACGUGUGCACGGCGGACGGCGUGCAGCACCGCGUGGGCGACCAGUGGGACCGGCCGCACGAGCUUGGCCACGCGAUGCGCUGCACAUGCAUCGGCGGUGGCCGCGGCGACUGGACAUGUGUGCCCUACACCAAGAUCCUCGACCAGUGCGUGAUAGACGGGCGUACGUACAACGUGAACCAGACGUUCCUGAAGAGACACGACGAGGGCCACAUGAUGAACUGCACCUGCUUGGGACAGGGCCGUGGACGCUGGAAGUGCGAUGCGAUGGACCAGUGCCAGGACACGGACUCGAGGCAGUUCUACCAGAUCGGAGAGACGUGGGUGCGGCUUGUGGAGGGCUCGCCGUACAUGUGCAUCUGCCUCGGCAAAGGCAUUGGCGAAUGGAGCUGCAAUCCUCAGACGAAUUUGAACGAAGUAAAAACCCCCAUCCAAGUUUUCAUCUCGGACGCGUCGAACCAGGCCACCAGCUCUCACCCGCGCAUCGAGUGGGCCAACACCCAGCUGCCUCACGUCACGGGCUACUUGCUCCGCUGGAGACAGAAAAACAGCCGUCUGUCCUGGCGGGAGGUGUCCGUGCCGGCACGCCUGAACUCGUACACCAUCACUGGGCUGAAGCCGGGCCUGACGUACGAGGGGCAGCUCAUCACUCUGCUGGUGUCCGGCCUGCGCGAAGUGACGCGCUUCGAGUUCACCACCUCGCUUGUCACGCACCACUUCACCCGAGGAAACGAGGGUGAGACGCGACAGAGCUCGUUCGUCGGGGGCACCGUGCCGCCCGUGCUCUCGGGCGCCUCCGAGACGAUGACCGAGAUCACCUCGAGCAGCUUCCUCGUCUCCUGGGUGUCCACCUCGUCGUCGGUGUCCGGCUUCCGCGUGGAGUAUGAGCUGAGCGAGGACGGCGCCGUCACGCACCGACUAGACCUGCCGAACACGGCCAACUCCGUGUCACUGGAGAACCUGCUCCCCGGGAGGCGCUACCACGUGAAGGUGUACGAGGUGACGGAGGGACAGGACGACUCUCUCAUCCUCAUCACUACGCAGACCACCGCUCCGGAUGCCCCUCAACAAUAUGAAGUGACAGAGGCUACGGACACAUCCCUUGUAAUCCGCUGGAUCGCCCCAAAGGCUCCCAUAAGAGGCUACCGCAUCGUGUUCACGCCCGUGGAGGAGGGCUCCCGGCCGGAGCUCGCCAGCACGGAGCUCACGCUGCCCAGCGAGUCCACCUCGGUGACACUCAGCGGCCUCGCCCCGGGAAUCACGUACAACAUCACGCUGACGGCCGUGGGGGAGACGCAGGACAGUGAACCCAUUUUCAUCCAGCAGUCCACGCUGCCUGGCACGGGCCAACACCGAGAAUUGAUCCUGGCAUCUCCGACGGACCUCCAGUUCGUCGCCGUGACCGAGACGAAGAUCGUCCUCAUGUGGAACCGGCCCGUUGCCCCCGACGAUGCCGUGAUGGGCUUCCGCAUCGUCGUCACGCCGCUGGGGCGGGCGCAGGAGCCGUUCCGCGUGCCGUUCACGGAGCACACCUUCGCCGACAUGGAUGGCCUGCAGCCAGGCGUCACGUACCGCUUCGAGGUCUUCGCCGUGUACCACCAGGACGGCCAGGAGAGCCAGCCGCUCGUCGGCGAGCAAACAACACUGGUCGACGCUCCGUCGGACAUGCGCUUCGUGGAGAUCACCGAGAUGAGCGUCACCAUCAACUGGACGGCACCACAGGCCGCACUCGACAGCUACCACCUGAGCUACGGCCCCACGCGCGCCGGCGCCGGGCGGCCAAAGUCGCUGGCCUUGUCGCCCGAGGCGCGGCACCACACGGAGCGCGGCCUGCGGCCCGCCACCGAGUACACCAUCACGCUGCGCUCCGUCAAGAACGGGCAGCGCAGCGUGCCGCUCAGCGCCAUUUUCACGACACUGGAAGCGGGCUCCCAAGUGGGCGUUCAGGCUUAUCCUCAUCCAGAUACCCAGCCUGGCACUCCUUCUGACUUGCACCCACAUCGGCAGCCAGGCGCUCAUCCGCGUCAGCCAGAUACCCAUCCACGUCAGCCAGAUACCCAUCCGCGCCAGCCAGACAGCCGUCCGCACCAGCCAGAUACCCAUCCGCGCCAGCCAGUUGUCGGCCCUUUUGACACGUCAGAACGGACAGGGCCUUUGCCCGGAUCUCUGCCCGAGAUCAUCACGGAAAUCACGGAAACGUCGCUGACUUUCAGGUGGAAACCCACGGCCAGCGUCUCGGUCCUGGCAUCGGUGCAGCUCCCCGAGCACGAGGCUCCCUUCAGGACGGAGACGUCGGAGUCGGGCAGCAUCCUGAUCGACGGCUUGACCCCCGGAGAGCAGUACAUCGUGACCGUCUCCAUCCUGUGGGAUGGGCGGCAGAUUGCUCGGCCCGCCACGAAAACCAUCACCACACCCGUCGCUCAAAUCCGGAACGUCAAGGUGGAUGUGAACCCCAUCACAAAGAAACUGACGCUGUCGUGGGAGAGAUCCAGCAUCCCGGGCCUGACCGGGUACCGCGUGCGUGGGGUGCCCCUCCACGGGCAGCGAGGCCACCUCCUGGAUCAGCUGGUGAGACCCGAGGAGACGUCGCUGACUCUGGAGAGCCUCACUCCCGGAGUGAGGUACAACAUCACCAUCACGGCUCUCAAGGAUGGCGUGGAGAGUGCCCCAUUCUCCUCCAGUGCAACCGGUGAAAUCCCCCGACCCACGAACCUGGCGUUCACCAACGUGAGCGACACGUCGCUGGUGCUGCGCUGGACGCCUCUGCCUUUGCCCGGCGUGACGGGCUACCGCGUGACCGUGUCCUUGCCCGGAGAUGCCUCGCUGCUCCUGGACGACACUGUAGGGCCCAGCAUUGGGGCGUUCUCCAUCGACGGGCUGGAGCCCGGCAUCCUGUACGAUUUCAGCGUGUCCACGCUCGUGGAGAAUGGGGAGUCUGAAGCCGUACGUGGGACGCACAGCACUGAAGUGGGACCGCCCAGGAACGUGCAGGUAGACGUCAACCCCGACAACGGAGAGCUGACCAUCACCUGGCAGAGAAUGACGGUUCCAGGUCUGACGGGGUACCGCGUGCGCGGCACGCCCCUCCACGGGCAGCGGGGACAGCCUCUGGAUGAGCUCGUGGGGCCGGACCGGACGUCCUUCACCUUGGUCCGGCUGACGCCCAACGUGGAGUACAACGUCACGAUCACGGCCAUCAAGGACGAAAUGGAGAGCAAGCCCUUCUCAACCGUCAUCUCAAACGCUGCCGACCGGCAGGUCGUAGUCACCCCUGAGCCGUCCGAUCUCCGCUUCACCGACGUGAGCGACACCUCUCUGGUGCUGCGCUGGACCCCGCUGUCCCUGCCUGGCAUCACGGGCUAUCGCGUGACGGUGUCUCCGCCGGGCGACUCCUCGCCCCUCCUGGAGGCCGUCGUGGGGCCUCGCACGGGGGUCUAUACCGUCGAAGGCCUCCGGCCCGGCGUGGUUUAUGAUAUCGGGGUCUCCACGCUGGCGAAGGACGGGGAGAGUGAACCUGCACGGCGCUCGCAGACCACUGCACCGGGCUCCCCGCAAGACGUGCAAGUGAGCCUGAACUCGGAUACCGGAGCGUUGACCAUCACCUGGCAGAAGGUUCCCACUCCAGGGGUGACGGGCUACCGAGUGCGUGGAACGCCGCUGCACGGCCAGCGCGGCCACUCGGUGGACGAGCUGGUGAGGCCUGAUCAGACGUCGGUCACCGUGGAGGGGCUCACGCCCGGUGUUGAGUACAACAUCACCGUCACGGCCGUCAAGAACGGUCAGGAGGGCAAACCUUCGUCCACCAUCGUUUCAAAUGCUGCCGGCCGGCUGGUCAUAGUCACCCCUCGGCCGUCUGAUCUCCACUUCACCGACGUGAGCGACACCUCUCUGGUGCUGCGCUGGACCCCGCUUUCCCUGCCUGGCAUCACGGGCUAUCGCGUGACGGUGUCUCUGCCGGGCGACUCCUCGCCCGUCCAGGAGGCCGUCGUGGGGCCUCGCACGGGGGUCUAUACCGUUGAACGCCUCCGGCCCGGCGUGGUUUAUGAUUUUGGGGUCUCCACGCUGACGAAGGACGGGGAGAGUGAACCUGCACGGCGCUCGCAGACAACUGCACCGGGCUCCCCGCAGGACGUGCACGUGACCCUCAACUCUGACACCGGCGUUUUGACCAUCAGCUGGCAGAAGGUUGCCACUCCAGAGUUGACGGGCUACCGAGUGCGUGGAACGCCCCUGCAUGGCCAGCGCGGCCACUUGGUGGACGAGCUGGUGAGGCCUGAUCAGACGUCGGUUAACGUGCAGAGACUCACGCCCGGUGUUGAGUACAACAUCACCGUCACGGCCGUCAAGAACGGUCAGGAGGGCAAACCUUCGUCCACCAUCAUUUCCACUGCUGGUGACCGGGUGGUCGUAGUCACCCCACGGCCGUCUGAUCUCAGCGUCACCGACGUGAGCGACACCUCUCUGGUGCUGCGCUGGACCCUGCUGUCUGUGCCUGGCAUCGCGGGCUAUCGCGUGACGGUGUCUCUGCCGGGCGACUCCGUGCCCCUCCUGGACGACACCGUGGGGCCUCAAACGGAGGUCUAUGCCGUCGAAGGCCUCCGGCCCGGCGUGGUUUAUGAUAUUGGGGUCUCCACGCUGACAGAGGACGGGGAGAGUGAACCUGCACGGCGCUCGCAGACCACUGCACCGGGCUCCCCGCGUGACGUGCAAGUGAGCCUGAACUCGGAUACCGGAGAGUUGACCAUCACCUGGCAGAAGGUUCCUACUCCAGGGGUGACGGGCUACCGAGUGCGUGGAACGCCCCUGCACGGCCAGCGCGGCCACUCGGUGGACGAGCUGGUGAGGCCUGAUCAGACGUCGGUCACCGUGCAGAGACUCACGCCCGGUGUUGAGUACAACAUCACCGUCACGGCCGUCAAGAACGGUCAGGAGGGCAAACCUUCGUCCACCAUCAUUUCAACUGCUGGUGACCGGGUGGUCGUAGUCACCCCACGGCCGUCUGAUCUCAGCUUCACCGACGUGAGCGACACCUCUCUGGUGCUGCGCUGGACCCCGCUGACCGUGCCUGGCAUCACGGGCUAUCGCGUGACGGUGUCUCUGCCGGGCGACUCCGUGCCCCUCCUGGACGACACCGUGGGGCCUCAAACGGGGGUCUAUGCCGUCGAAGGCCUCCGGUCCGGCGUGGUUUAUGAUAUUGGGGUCUCCACGCUGACAGAGGACGGGGAGAGUGAACCUGCACGGCGCUCGCAUACCACUGCACCGGGCUCCCCGCGUGACGUGCAAGUGAGCCUGAACUCGGAUACCGGAGAGCUGACCAUCACCUGGCAGAAGGUUCCUACUCCAGGGGUGACGGGCUACCGAGUGCGUGGAACGCCCCUGCACGGCCAGCGCGGCCACUCGGUGGACGAGCUGGUGAGGCCUGAUCAGACGUCGGUCACCGUGCAGAGACUCACGCCCGGUGUUGAGUACAACAUCACCGUCACGGCCGUCAAGAACGGUCAGGAGGGCAAACCUUCGUCCACCAUCAUUUCAACUGCUGGUGACCGGGUGGUCGUAGUCACCCCACGGCCGUCUGAUCUCAGCUUCACCGACGUGAGCGACACCUCUCUGGUGCUGCGCUGGACCCCGCUGACCGUGCCUGGCAUCACGGGCUAUCGCGUGACGGUGUCUCUGCCGGGCGACUCCGUGCCCCUCCUGGACGACACCGUGGGGCCUCAAACGGGGGUCUAUGCCGUCGAAGGCCUCCGGUCCGGCGUGGUUUAUGAUAUUGGGGUCUCCACGCUGACAGAGGACGGGGAGAGUGAACCUGCACGGCGCUCGCAUACCACUGGGGUGACGGGCUACCGAGUGCGUGGAACGCCCCUGCACGGCCAGCGCGGCCACUCGGUAGACGAGCUGGUGAGGCCUGAUCAGACGUCGGUCACCGUGCAGAGACUCACGCCCGGUGUUGAGUACAACAUCACCGUCACGGCCGUCAAGAACGGUCAGGAGGGCAAACCUUCGUCCACCAUCAUUUCAACUGCUGGUGACCGGGUGGUCGUAGUCACUCCACGGCCGUCUGAUCUCCGCUUCACCGACGUGAGCGACACCUCUCUGGUGCUGCGCUGGACCCCGCUGACCGUGCCUGGCAUCACGGGCUAUCGCGUGACGGUGUCUCUGCCGGGCGACUCCUCGAACCUCCUGGAGGACACCGUGGGGCCUCGCACGGGGGUCUAUGCCGUCGAAGGCCUCCGGCCCGGCGUGGUUUAUGAUAUUGGGGUCUCCACGCUGACAGAGGACGGGGAGAGUGAACCUGCACGGCGCUCGCAGACCACUGCACCGGGCUCCCCGCGUGACGUGCAAGUGAGCCUGAACUCGGAUACCGGAGAGUUGACCAUCACCUGGCAGAAGGUUCCCACUCCAGGGGUGACGGGCUACCGAGUGCGUGGAACGCCCCUGCACGGCCAGCGCGGCCACUCGGUGGACGAGCUGGUGAGGCCUGAUCAGACGUCGGUCACCGUGCAGAGACUCGCGCCCGGUGUUGAGUACAACAUCACCGUCACGGCCGUCAAGAACGGUCAGGAGGGCAAACCUUCGUCCACCAUCAUUUCAACUGCUGGUGACCGGGUGGUCGUAGUCACCCCACGGCCGUCUGAUCUCAGCUUCACCGACGUGAGCGACACCUCUCUGGUGCUGCGCUGGACCCCGCUGACCGUGCCUGGCAUCACGGGCUAUCGCGUGACGGUGUCUCUGCCGGGCGACUCCGUGCCCCUCCUGGAGGACAGCGUGGGGCCUCAAACGGGGGUCUAUGCCGUCGAAGGCCUCCGGCCCGGCGUGGUUUAUGAUAUUGGGGUCUCAACGCUGACGGAGGACGGGGAGAGUGAACCUGCACGGCGCUCGCAUACCACUGCACCGGGUUCCCCGCAUGACGUGCAAGUGAGCCUGAACUCGGAUACCGGAGCACUGACCAUCACCUGGCAGAAGGUUCCCACUCCAGGGGUGACGGGCUACCGAGUGCGUGGAACGCCCCUGCACGGCCAGCGCGGCCACUCGGUCGACGAGCUGGUGAGGCCUGAUCAGACGUCGGUCACCGUGGAGGGGCUCACGCCCGGUGUUGAGUACAACAUCACCGUCACGGCCGUCAAGAACGGUCAGGAGGGCAAACCUUCGUCCACCAUUGUUUCAACUGCUGCCGACCGGGUGGUCGUAGUCACCCCUCAGCCAUCCGAUCUCAGCUUCACCAACGUGAGCGACACCUCUCUGGUGCUGCGCUGGACCCCGCUCUCUCUGCCUGGCAUCACGGGCUAUCGCGUGACGGUGUCUCUGCCGGGCGACUCCUCGCCCCUCCUGGAGGACGUCGUGGGGCCUCGCACGGGGGUCUAUGCCGUCGAAGGCCUCCGGCCCGGCGUGAUUUAUGAUAUCGGGGUCUCCACGCUGGCGAAGGACGGGGAGAGUGAACCUGCACGGCGCUCGCAGACCACCGCACCGGGCUCCCCGCAGGACGUGCACGUGAACCUGAACUCGGAUACCGGAGCGUUGACCAUCACCUGGCAGAAGGUUCCUACUCCAGGGGUGACGGGCUACCGAGUGCGUGGAACGCCCCUGCACGGCCAGCGCGGCCACUUGGUGGACGAGCUGGUGAGGCCUGAUCAGACGUCGGUCACCGUGGAGGGGCUCACGCCCGGUGUUGAGUACAACAUCACCGUCACGGCCGUCAAGAACGGUCAGGAGGGCAAACCUUCGUCCACCAUACAUUCAACUGCCGUCCCCCAGCCGUCCGAUCUCAGCUUCGCCAACGUGAGCGACACCUCUCUGGUGCUGCGCUGGACCCCGCUGUCCCUGCCUGGCAUCACGGGCUAUCGCGUGACGGUGUCUCUGCCGGGCGACUCCUCGCCCCUCCUGGAGGCCGUCGUGGGGCCUCGCACGGGGGUCUAUGCCGUCGAAGGCCUCCGGCCCGGCGUGGUUUAUGAUAUUGGGGUCUCCACCCUCGUGGAGGACGGGGAGAGUGAACCUGCACGGAGCUCGCAGAGUACUGUUGUUGGACCGCCGAAGGAUGUGCACGUGGACUUGAGCCCGGACUCCGGGGCGCUGACGAUCACGUGGCAGCGAGUGACGGCUCCAGGCCUGACCGGGUACCGCGUGCGCGGGACGCCACUCCACGGGCAGCGAGGCAACUCGGUGGAUGAGCUCGUGGCGCCGGACCAGACUUCGUUUUCCCUGGACGCCCUCACGCCUGGCGUUUCGUACAACAUCACCAUCACCGCCGUCAGCAAUGGCCGCGAGAGUACACCCUACUCCACCACAAUCUCCACCGACAUUCCCCAGCCGUCUGAUCUCGGCUUCACCAACGUGAGCGACACCUCUCUGGUGCUGCGCUGGACCCCGCUCGCCCUGCCUGGCAUCACGGGCUAUCGCGUGACGGUGUCUCUGCCGGGCGACUCCUCGCCCCUCCUGGAGGACGUCGUGGGGCCUCGCACGGCGAUCUACGCCAUCGAAGGCCUCCAGCCUGGCGUGGUUUAUGAUAUCAGCGUCUCCACUCUUGUGGAGGAUGGGGAGAGUGAACCUGCACGGCGCUCGCAGACAACAAUUCUCAUGCCACCACAGGACGCGCAAGUGGAUUUCAACUCUCCCAGUGGAGUUCUCACCAUCUCCUGGCAGAGAGUCGCCGUGCCCGGAUACCGGGUGCGCGGGGUCCCCCUGCGUGGGCAGCGUGGAAACUCACUCGACGAGCUACUGAGGCCCGACCAGACGUCCUUCGCGUUGGACGGCCUCACGCCCGGCGUGGAGUACAACAUCACGGUCGCCACAGUCAAGGGCGUCCUGGAAAGCAAACCCUUCUCCACCACGCUCACCACCGACCUGCCUGAGCCGUUCGAUCUCAGCUUCGCCAACGUGAGCGACACCUCUCUGGUGCUGCGCUGGACCCCGCUCGCCCUGCCUGGCAUCACGGGCUAUCGCGUGACGGUGUCUCUGCCGGGCGACUCCUCGCCCCUCCUGGAGGCCGUCGUGGGGCCUCGCACGGGGGUCUACGCCGUCGAAGGCCUCCGGCCCGGCGUGGUUUAUGAUAUUGGAGUCUCCACCCUGGUGGAGGACGGGGAGAGUGAUCCUGCACGGCGCUCGCACACCACUGAGCUGGGCCCUCCCAGGGAUGUGAAGGUGGAAUCGAACGAUGAAACCGGCGAACUCACCAUUACGUGGCAGAGAGUUUCAUCGCCAGGCCUCACGGGGUACCGCGUACGCGGAGUGCCGCUCCACGGGCAGCAGGGCAACUGGCUGGACGAGCUGGUGAGGUACGACCAGACGUCGCUCGUGCUGGACAGCCUCACGCCCGGAGUACAGUACAACAUCACCAUCGCCUCCGUCAAGGACGACUUGGAGAGCAAUCCCUUCUCAACAACUCUUACCGCAGACGUCCCCAAGCCCCAGGACGUGCAGACCGAGGACACGAGCGAAACGUCCAUCGUGCUGCGCUGGACCCCGCUGCACCGCGACGGCAUCACGGGCUAUCGCGUGUCCAUCUCGCUGCCCGGCGAGUCCCAGGCCCUCUCCGAGGAAACCGUGGGGCCCCACACGGGCGUCUACACCUUCUCGGGGCUGCAGCCCGGCGUGAGGUACAACGUGGGAGUCACCACGCUGGCGGGAGACGGAGAGAGCCAGCCCACCCACCACACGCAGAGCACCGCUAUAAAUCCACCAAAGGAUUUUGAAGUGGACACUGGAUCGGGGACUGGAGAAGUGACUGUCACAUGGAACAGAGUGACGAUACCAGGCCUGACCGGGUACCGAGUGCGUGGGUCGCCCCUCCACGGGCAGCGAGGCCACCACCUGGACGAGCUCGUGAGGCCCGACCAGACGUCCUUCACCUCCGAGAGCCUCACUCCCGGCGUGGAGUACAACAUCACCAUCACGGCCGUCGUAGAUGACCAGGAGAGUCCUCCGGUGUCAACAACGAUCACCACAGACAUCCCAAAACCCAAGGACGUGCACGCCGACGAAGCAAUCGACACGUCCAUCGUGCUGCGCUGGACCCCGCUGCGCCGCGACGGCAUCACGGGCUACCGCGUGUCCAUCUCGCUGCCCGGCGAGUCCCAGGCCCUCUCCGAGGACACGGUGGGGCCCCACACGGGCGUCUACACCUUCUCGGGGCUGCAGCCCGGCGUGCAGUACGACUUUGGCGUCACCACGCUGGCGGGAGACGGAGAGAGCCAGCCGACCCACCACACGCACAGCACCGCUGUGACCCCUCCAAAGGACCUGCAAGUGGACUCGAGCUCCGAGAGCGGAGAAGUGACCAUCACAUGGGAGAGAGUCUCCAUUCCAGGCCUGACCGGGUACCGCGUGCGUGGGACGCCCCUCCACGGGCAGCGAGGCCACUCCCUGGAUGAAGUCGUGAGGCCCGACCAGACGUCCCUCACCUUGGAGAGCCUCACCCCCGGCGUGGAGUACAACAUCACAAUCACGGCCGUGAAGGGCGUUGCAGAGAGCACUGCUGUUUCCACUACCCUCACAACAGCUGUGCCUCCGCCAACAGACCUGCGUUUCACGCAAGUAGAGCUGGACAGCUUCCGUGUGAGCUGGAGUGCGCCUCCAAUCUCCACGACGGAAUCUUUUCUCAUCCGCUACUCGCCGCUGCGCCACGAAGAUUUGCUGUCCGAAGUCAGCACCGCACCCGACGAGUUUGAGGUUAUUUUGACAGGUCUCCUGCCAGGCACCGUGUACGGUGUCAGUGUGCACACGGUCAUUCGCGGACACGAGAGCGUGGGUCUCUCUGGAACUCAGGGCACAGAAAUCGACGCUCCGACAGACAUGGAGUUCUUGGAUGUGACGGACUCGACCUUCACGGUCUACUGGACGCCGUCGAACGCGCCCGUGUCGGGCUACCGCGUGGCCUACGGCCCGCAGUUGCUGGGCCACGUGGCGGAGGACAGCGUGCCGCCCGAGCGCACCUCCAUCGUGCUGGCGAGCCUGCAGGCCGGCACGGAGUACACGGUCAGCGUGUACGCCAUCGGGCGCGACGUGCACCGCGAGAGCGGGCCCCUCGUCGGCUCCCAGGCCACCAACUCAAACGGCCCCACCGACCUCGUGAUCACCCGCACGUCACCCACCACCUUUUCCGUGUCCUGGACGCCGCCUCCAAUCAGCGUCCGCUACUAUCGCCUGAGCUACGUGGAGACCGGCAGCAGGCGGCCCCCAGCAGAGCUCACCAUCCCGGGCACGAGAAACUCGGCUGUGAUCCUGGGCCUACAGCCCGGCACGGAGUACACGGUGUCGCUGUAUGCCGUCACGGGCAGAGGAGACAGCCCCGCCACCAGCAAGCCCAUCACCAAGACGGAGAGCACUCAGGUGGACACUCCAAGUGGCCUGGAGGUCAUGGAGGUGACCGAUCGCACAAUCCGCAUUCGCUGGGCGCCUUCGAAAGCCCCCAUCAAUGGCUAUCGUGUGACGUCCAUCCCCAAGACAGGCCGCGGCACGCAGGACACGCGCGAGCUGCCAUCGGGCCGUACGGACGUCACCAUUGACGGGCUGCUGCCCACCCUGGAGUACGCCGUGAACGUGUACGCCUUGAGCGACCACGGGGAGAGCCUGCCCGCCUCGAAGAACGUGGUGACAGGUAUCGAUGCCCCCAAGGGCCUGACCUUCACGGACGUGGACGUGGACUCCAUGUCCAUCUCAUGGGACUCUCCGGAGGGCACGGUGACGGGCUACCGUGUGCUCUACGAGUCCUUGGAGGACAGCGUGCCGCAGACACUGUCGCCGGCGCCGGACGGCGACGCUGACACGGCCGUCAUUUCCCAGCUGCAGCCCGGCUCGGACUACAAAGUCAGCGUGACGGCGCUCCACCACGGCACGGAGAGCCUCCCGCUCGUGGGCACGCAGGCCACCGCCAUCCCUCCACCCACGGCACUGAAGCUUGUGCAGGCCACCUCCACCAGCCUGUCCAUCCAGUGGCAGCCGCCCUCGGCCGAAGUGAGCGGCUUCCGCGUGGUGGUGACGCCGCGGGAGAAGAGCGGACCGAGCCGGGACCACAUGGUGCCUGCCGAUGUCAAUUCGUUCACGCUGCCCAGCCUCAUGGUGGCAACGCAGUACAACGUGUUCGUGUACGCGCUGAAGAAUGGUCACACAAGCAAGCCGCUGCAGGAUGUCUUCACAACGCUGGAGAACAUCAGCCCUCCACGCAAGCCGCGCGUGGUGAACGUGACGGAGACUUCCAUCACGGUGAACUGGCGGGCCAAGAGCGACACACUGUCCGGGUUUCUCAUCUCCGUCGUGCCGUCCUCCACCGCUCCCAGCCUCGAGAAGACCCUCUCACCAGAUGCACGCCAGUUCACCAUCGCUGAUCUGCUGCCAGGCAUUCACUACACCAUAAGCAUCUAUGCCGUCAGCGGAAACACAAGAAGUCAGCCUGCUACAGUGACCGCUACCACAGCCCUGGACGCACCGAAGGACCUCCGCUUCGACUCGGCCAGCCAGGACAGCAUCACGUUCAGCUGGCAGCCGCCGCGCGCGCCCAUCAUGAGCUACGUCGUCACCUACUCGUCCGAAGUCGGCUCGCUCAACCGGCUCACGCCAGCUCCCGGGCCCAGGGACACCUCGGCCACCAUUACAAAUCUCCAGCCCAGCACGCGCUACACCAUCGGCAUCUACGCCGUGCAGAACAGCAUGCGCAGCGCUCAGCUCACCGGAAAGCACCGCACAGAACAAGAGCUGCAGCUUCCGCAGUUGGCUACUAGACCGCCAAACUUUCCCGCCCGAUACAUUCCCCCGUUUUUAGACAUCCCUACGUCCUCCCAGCAUUCGUCCACUGUCCUGGAGAGAGGCCCGAGCAGCGAAUCGCGUAACCCGACAUAUCACACGCGACAAAGGCCUCUGAACAACAGGCAGAGUGGCAGGCCUCUGUCUGGGCAGAGAACUGUCGGCGAUUUCCUCGCCGCGCUGACACCGAGGUUCGUAGACGCGACGGAUGAGCACAAGCCUGCGAAUGCGCAGUACAAGCCAGCAAACUCGCAGACGACCAGGCGUAUCAUUCCCGGGAGGUUCGUGAGACCCGACGAGUUGGCGGAGAGCGCAGUCACUCCGUCGUACGAACCGCAGGCACACCAACGGGGUCGGCCGCAGUUGGGGUCGCAUCCAGAAGGACAGCAGCCAGUGUUCGGUAACUUCCGUCCUUUCAAAGCCAGAGUCGCUGCGAUUGAUAGCCACUCACCAGACCGGAGUGCGGCUGGCUUUACGCCAUCUGAGGUGGUGUUCAUGGACCGUGGCCUGGUACCAAUCAAGACUGAGGACAGAAUUCUGGGCCCCCAAGAAGCUGCAAAGACUCUGACCACUAUCAGCUGGUCUCCGCAGCCACAGGCGUCUGAGUACCUAUUGUCCUGCUACCCACUCAGCGGAGAGGGAGAAACAACACAGAUCCGCGUGCCGGCUGGCACGUCGAGCGCCACGCUGGCGGGGCUGGCUGACGGCACGCAGUACAGCAUCGUGGUGGAGGCCCUGCAGGGCACGCAGCGCUACCGCGUGCACGAGGAGGUGGUGACGGCGCGCGCCGUCAGCAGCACCCCUCACGACGGCGUAGGGGGCCAGGGUUCUAUGACGGAGAGCGAUGAAGACCUGUGCUUGGACACAGCCACAAGUAUCUACUACUCGGUGGGCCAAGAGUGGGAGCGUCUUUCCGAGAACGGCUUCAUGCUCUACUGCCGCUGCUUGGGCUUCGGCAAUGGCCAUUACCGCUGUGAUUCGUCGCGUUGGUGCCACGACAGUGGUAAGAACUACAGGGAGGGCGAGACCUGGGACCGCCCGGCCGACAACGGGCAGAUGCUGACGUGCACGUGUCUGGGCCGCGGCAAGGGGGAGUACAAGUGCGAGCCGCAUGAGGCGUCGUGUUACGAUGAAGGGAAGAUGUACCAGGCCGGCGAUCAGUGGCGCAAACUCUACCGUGGUGCAAUGUGCACCUGCACCUGCCUGGGAGGGCAGCAGGGUUGGCGAUGUGAGGAGUGCCGUAGUCCCAGCGAGGAGGAUGCAGGGAGCAGCCACACUGCUGCUGCAGCCUCCCACUCGUCUUCUGCUUCCCAGGGAGUCUUCUCCCAGUACAUCCAGAGUGUGCGACGGAGCGCUGGAACCAACUGUGCCUUCAAUUGCAGAUGAGAAACAUUUUGAGCAACAAGCCCCAUCCCAAAUCCCCUCGCCCAUCCUCGCAACCGCGUCGUCCACACGUGGUUAAAUAAUGAAACCUACUCAAGCAAAAAAAUAAAUCGGAUUAAGCUUCCACUUCCAAUGUUUUUAAUCGUUAAAAGGCAGGAUUCAAUGUGUAGGGCAAGUAGCGUUCUUGAAAUAAGUCUGCAAGGAUCCUUAAAUCAGUGGCCAUACCGAGGCUGAUCUUUACUCGCUAUGAAAUUUAACAAUUUUAAGAGCUGAGCUCUAAACCUGCCCAUGGUAUUAAGGCAGGGACACCGCAAUAAAUAAUAGCAGUGUUUGAAAGUGCCUUUUUCCAUUUUAAUUUGUUAUCUGCGCUGUGUCGUUUGUUGGAGAUUGUUUUUCUAUCAAAGAACAACAUCCAAUGAUCAUUGUGGUAACCAUUGACAAGACAGUGCUGAAGUGAUUUUGCAGUGAGUUACUUUUUAAGGAUUUUUGCUGUAAGUAUUAAUCUCACGUGCUAGAUAUGAUUCACUUGCUUAUUUAACCAAUUUAAGUGAUUAGUUUCACCUGCAGUAGGCCUAUGCCUUUUUUAGCUUUCGUGUAUUUUGAAUGUUUCUCUACAGUGAAAGGUAACGAGUACACCACCAACGGUAGAUGUUAGAAAUCCACGUGGAGCUUGCAAACUAAACACUGUUUACUAAAAACAAGUUUGAUGUUUUAAAUUACUUUUUUUAAUGCCUUACAUGUUACCUUUGUCUUUGCUUUUCGUAUGGAAAAAAAUAAAUGUUUUUUCUACUUGU